CCUGAUGAGGAGGCCCGCAAGGAAGCAGAGGAGGCGCCGGUCGUACACGUGAAGGCGGAGGGAGCUCCAAUCUUGCACGCGCGAAGCGAGGAGUCGCGAUUGGGUAUGGUUAAGGCUUGUGAGUUUUUUUUCAUUUUCACACCGGAAAGAGAGAUGAUAUGAUGAUUGAAGCAGUAGCGCUAGUAGCUACCUUAACGAAAAAUCUCGCGGAUGAUGAAACUACAUGUCAGUAAUUCACAUUGAUGACUGAAGGGUCCCUCUCAGUAAUCACUUCACAAAAUUAGUAGAGAUAGACGCGGAACUAGAUAAGAUGCUCUUGCUUUUUUUUCUAGUUCUGGAAUCUUGAUUUUCCACAGGGAGAAGAACAACAACAGGCAUCUUCCAGACUUAAGAAUUCCACGGCAUUAUUAAGAAGAGAACGGUCGUGGUAAUUGGAGAUGAAGAUGGAGUGGAAGGCACAGACAUAUAGUCAGAGUCAAGAUCACCAGUCUGGAUUAUUUUGUUACCGUUUUCCUAGAGUAAGUUAGUAGAUGAAAGCGGUUAGUUUUUCUCUCGUUACAACUUCUGCGAUAUGUUUUCGGUAGCUCUACCUCUAACAUAAGAAGCCAAGUCAUGGAAUGGGAGUGCGGUGCUGAUUGCUGCGAAAACUGUGAUAGGGAUACUAAAGGAGAGGAAACUACAAAACAAAGUGGGCUGCAGGUCGAGAACGCAGAAGGCGCCACAGAGUAGUGUAAUGAGUGGGCGGCUACACGGCCUCUAGGGCUUAAGCAGGUGUCUAGCUGUGCAGUUCUACAAAGUAUCAAGGAAGUCAUUGCUCUUCUCUAUCUCUCGACAUGCAUGAACAUAAUGCGGGAACAAAAAACUGCACUGCGAUCGCGAUAGACAUAAUAUGCAUAGGCAAGAAAAAUAGUGCGAUGCAAGUAAUCAAGUAAACACUACGUAUUACUCCUGACCACGAGCACGAUGUAGAUGGGUGCCUGGACAUUGUGAAAUUUUCACUGCAUGGACAUUAAUUCAUUGUUUCGCCAAUCGAUUCAUAUUCAUCAAUUAUCAGAGUUCUCCGACAAUGAAUUGAAUUCCUUCCAUAUCCAUAUCCAGCGGAAGGAGGCGACACGAAUGUUAGACCCGCUAUGAAAAUUAUUACGCAAUUUAUUAUGAGAUUUACUAAAAUGAGUCUAGAGGUAAUUACUCAGGUAACAAAAAAAAAUAGGAUAUUAGAAGAGGGCUGGUUUGCGAGCUGGAUAAAACUGGGAUCACCCUUCCGGCGGUCUUGGCAUACAAAAAAAAAAUACGCGGAGGCCCCCUGAGUGAGUGGAUGAACCUUGUCCACUUUAAUGCACGACCAACGUGCUCCACAAUAUAUAUAUAAUGAGUAUUUCUGCCAGACUUCCUACAGUAACUUCCGAGAACAAGAGACUCGUCAUCGUCCUUCGUCAAACUAUCUCAAUAAAUCAUAUCGUUCCAAUCUAGCUUGCAGCGAAAAAUUUGUCUUGUACAUAUCCGUUGUGUGGUUAUGCUACGACUGUAUGAUUUUUGUUUUUUUAUAACCAUGUUUUGUCUAUCAACAAUGCUUAAUAAAUAUGCCUCAUAUUAUCUAUCAUCGAUAAUAAGACAGAAUUGUUCAUUGUAUUUGCUGUACAAUGUUGUCUUCUCCGAUCUGGUCAUAAUCUUUUGUACCAAAUGAAAACUGAAUUUUAGUCCGGUGUUGUUUAUCAAUGAAAUUGAAAUGUGAAGGUACAAACUACCAAUGAAGUUCAACUCUGGUAGUAAGUAGCUAGUUGUGGUUGAUUCGGUUCUUCGAAUGUGGUACCCUAGUUUGUAGUCUCGGACGACAACACAGAAAGAGGACAGACCAUCCGAUCGGCAAUUCAUGCUGUCAUCCUCACAGAAUGGGCUUUCCAAGUAUCUUGACGAUGAAGAAGACAACAUCAUUGCUUCAUCAUUUAUUUGAUGAACGAAGAAAUUGUAUAUGUAUUUGUACCUUACAAAGUUUUGGUAUCUGUAAUAAUUACGAUGAACUAAAUAAGCUUCUUCUGACAUUGCAUGCGGCGAGG